AUGGCACCAUUACCCAUCAUCAACCUGGAGCCGAGCGAGGUGAAGGAGAUCUUCUGGACCAAGGUGAAGGAACCGCAGUCGCAGCGCAAGCUGAUCCUGGUCAUCGUCUCGAUCGCGCUGCUGCUGGACAAUAUGCUGUACAUGGUGAUCGUUCCGAUCAUACCGGACUACCUGCGCUACAUCGGCACCUGGGGCCCGGAGGAGCCGUUCAAUGCGAGCGCCCCGACGACGGUGUUUACGCCGCACGCGAACAAUCACCACGGGCAGGACUCGGCCACCGGCAUACUGUUCGCGUCGAAGGCCAUCGUCCAGCUGAUGGUGAACCCGUUCUCCGGUGCGCUGAUCGACCGCAUCGGCUACGACCUGCCGAUGAUGGUCGGGCUCAUCAUCAUGUUUCUGUCCACGAUGGUGUUCGCGUGUGGGCGCAGCUACAGCAUGCUGUUCUUUGCCCGCUCGCUGCAGGGAGUCGGAUCUGCGUUCGCCGACACGUCCGGACUGGCGAUGAUUGCGGAUCGGUUCACCGAGGAAGCCGAGCGUACGAAAGCGCUCGGCAUAGCGCUGGCCUUCAUCAGCUUCGGCUGCCUGGUGGCGCCCCCGUUCGGCGGGGCCCUGUAUCAGUUUGCCGGCAAGGAAGUUCCGUUCGUCAUCCUGGCGCUCAUCUCGCUGCUGGACGGGUUCAUGCUGCUGCUGGUGAUGAAACCGCUGAAGGAGCAGCUGGCCGAGCGGCAGGAAGCCCGAGCCCCGUCCGUGCCAAUCUGGCGGCUCCUGAUGGACCCGUACAUCGCCGUCUGCGCCGGGGCACUCAUGAUGUCCAACGUGGCGCUCGCGUUCCUUGAGCCGACCAUCUCGCUGUGGAUGGAGGACAACCUCACGACGGACAACUGGAAGAUCGGCAUGGUGUGGCUGCCGGCGUUCUUCCCGCACGUGUUCGGCGUCAUCAUCACGGUCAAGAUGGCCAAGCAGUACCCGGACAAGCAGUGGCUGAUGGCGGCCGGUGGGCUCGCCCUCGAGGGGCUCUGCUGCUUCAUCAUCCCGUUCAGCUCGUCGUACAUCAUGCUGAUGCUGCCGAUCUGCGGUAUCUGCUUCGGGAUUGCACUGAUCGACACCGCGCUGCUUCCGAUGCUCGGUUACCUGGUCGACAUCCGGUACGUGUCCGUGUACGGCAGCAUCUACGCCAUCGCCGACAUCUCGUACUCGCUGGCGUACGCCAUCGGGCCGAUCAUCGCCGGCGGGAUCGUCGAAGCGAUCGGUUUCACGGCGCUCAACUUCCUGAUCGCCUUCUCGAACCUGCUGUACGUGCCGGUCAUGUCGUACCUGCGCAACAUCUACGACUUCAAGCACUUCGAGAACGAGGCCAACAUCCUGAUGGGUGACCCACCGACGAAGGAGUACCAAACGUACACCAUGCACGACCAGCAGAUGGUGGGCGAGGAGUACAAGAACCACCUCGAGUACGGGCGCGAAACGGACGACGGCGGCAACUACCAGCAGGAGACCAACAUCGAUCAGGGCUACUCGCAGAACGGAAGCUACCAGCAGCAGCAGCAGGGUGGCUAUCAGAACUACCAGCCUGGAUACCAGGAGCAGGGUGGCAGUGUGUACCAACAGCAGCAGCAGCAACAAGCGCCCCGACAUCUUCCACAACAACCGCAGCCGGUCGCCAAUCCGUUCCGACAAGCGGAACCGCCCGCACCGGCCCCGGCACCAUCGCAACCGAGGAUCUCGAAUCCCUUCCGGCAGGGAUUCUAA